AGGCAUCUGGGAUAAGACAAGCAUCUGCGUCAUUCCUGCUCUUCCUGGCUCAGGCGAGUACACGUGAGACUUCAUUUGCUCAUGUACGAUUCCAGCACGUUGGUUAGUCGCGGUGGCGGCAACAGCAACGACACAUCCCAUGCCGAUGCAAUGGAGGCUGGCCGCCCCGUUCACUCACCCACCACUUCAAGUCGCAGCUCGAGUCGCGCAUGGACGUACGCGAUGCCAUUUUUUCUGGUGGUCAUCGUCAUGUACGCCAUAAUGCCUCCAUCAUCACAUGUACAGCAACGUCAAAAUAAUAACCUGGAGGUGAAGCCGCAGCCGAUUGUUAUUCAUGACGAUCUACCAACUGUGGAGCUAGCGACGCACAAGCCGUCAUCGAGUCAGCAGGGUGCCAAGUUCGACUCGACCGUCAAGCGUGACAAGGGCAUCAUCAUGUGCAUGCAUAACGACGCAGUCCCCAUGGGAUUAUCACUCGUGCGGGAGCUGCGCUGUCUCGGCAAUCAGGAACUCGUCCAGAUCUACCACUGCUUUCCGGAAGAAAUGUCGGAAGAGAACCGCGCGCUGCUUCUAGGUGCUGACAAUCGUUUAGAGAUCGUGGACGUGUGCACCGACCUUGUAGGUAGACAAGUUUUAACACAAGAGGUGGCAGAGGCGUUUCGCAACUGGUGGAUCAAACCGCUGGCCAUGUAUCAUACCGACAUCACGGAGGUCAUGCUACUGGAUAUUGACGAUGUGUUCAUGCACGAUCCAGCUAUACUACGUACAACUGAGGGCUACAAGAAGACAGGGACGACUUUCUUCUACGAUCGCGUGCUCUUUAGCCGCGAGUUCUUCAACCAGGACGUGAACGGUACCUCAUACCUCAAACGCAUGCUGAACGACUUUGACUACGCCAAAUACGGACUCGAAUCGGGCGCUCCUCCAUCGAAAGGACUCAAGAGAUCGUACGCGUAUCGCGGCAUGACAUCUCACGAGCAAGACUCGUCACUCGUUGUAAUUGACAAGUCUCGCUCCGGUCAAGCCAUGCCGAUUAUGUUUUGGCUCAUUACGGAGGAGCGAUUCCGACGCGAAUUCUCCUACGGUGACAAGGAGACGUUUUGGAUUUCAUUUGAACUGGCCCAGCAAGAGUAUUUCUUCUCUCCUUGGGGCGUUGGCGGCAUCUCGUCGUCUACAAAUAACGAUCUGGAGAACCACAGCGACACAUUGUGUGGUAGUAUCGUGCAGUACAUGCCCGAGGAAAACCAGCCAUCCAAGUUCCUGUAUGUGAACGGUAAGGCGAUGCUGAAUCCAUUCCCCGUGGCGAUGGACAAACUGGGAACUGCCACACACAACGUGCUGUUCAACACGAAUCCAACGCACCUUACGCCCCGUCAGCGCCGCAAACCCAACGGUCGGACACGUUCGGGCUGGAAAGGCGGCUAUGCCAUGGAAUGCCUCGUGGGGUUCGGCGCCGAGCCGCUGCCGGAAAAGUUCGCACCCCAGUUAUUGCGACGACGGAUGUUCUACUUUGGUAUCCGCAUGGGGGUGUUGUCUGCGCUCGAUCAAUGUUUCCCGUUCGAGGGCAUGGUGUAGAUACUAAGCUGGUGAGUUAGUGGACAUUUAGAGAUCCCAACGUCGAGCGCCGUCUUGCACAGUUAAUAAUACUUGGAAGCAACAUGUGCCGCACGUCCUGCGUUGCUUGCAUCUAUGAGCAAUGCUCACUGAGCAUGAUCGAUCGCUGUUUCAAACAGCCUGUUUGCCAGUGUCAAUGCCAGCAGCAUCCUACAUCUUGAGCAAAUCGAAGACCAUUAUUUCGUGCUGG